AUGGUUACUCCACAGAAGUCACGUGUGAAAACCGGUGAGACCGUGCAAUUCACUUGCAUCGCUAGCAGCUCCCCGUCACCAGACCUAACAUGGCGGAAAGUUAACGGAUCGCUUCCAGUCAGCAGUACAGUGCAAAGAGGAGUUCUAAAGAUUGCCAAUGUGACUCAAAAGGAUGCUGGGAGUUACAAUUGUGAAGCCAAAAAUGUUGAAGGAUCGGCUAAUAGAAGUGGAAUUUUAGAAAUUAAAGGUAAGGUAUCAAAGGGUCGGCUCUUUGGAAGUAAUUUUACUUUAACCUCCCUCCUUGUUUCAUGUCUUGAUUUUGACGAAUUUUGGUGCAAAAAUUUUACAGUGGCUUUCCUCCUAUACAUUUUUCCUGAUGCAAUUUCAGCGCGAAAAGCUACGAAUGUUCUUGCGGUCAUGAUGAGGGUUAGUUUGGGGAGUUUCUGCUAAGCACACUUCGCGCCAAUGACAAGAAGACACCUUUGUUAUGAUAUUUACUCUAACCAUAACUUAGUAAACUUAGUAAUGGUCACCAACCAUUUUUAUCUCUUCCACGAUUUACACAGGAACCUCUGUCCUACCUCAAUGUACAGACAUUAA